ACCCCAUCUCUGACCCCCCCGUGCCCCCCUCCCCAGCUGUUCUACUCCUUCUUCAAGUCCCUGGUGGGCAAGGACGUGGUGGUGGAGCUCAAGAACGACCUCAGCAUCUGCGGCACGCUGCACUCGGUGGAUCAGUACCUGAACAUCAAACUGACCGACAUCAGCGUCACCGACCCCGAGAAGUACCCGCACAUGCUGUCAGUCAAGAACUGCUUCAUCCGCGGCUCCGUGGUUCGCUGCAGGACGCGGCCCCCGCUGCCGCUGCUGCGGAGCCCCGGGGGGGCCCUGCUGGGCCCGGGGGCGGCCGCGCUGCUGCUGAGCCCCCCCCGCCUGCGGGGCCGCGACCCGCGCGAGGCCGCCCUGGUGCGGCAGUGGGUGGCGUUCGCUGAGGGGGACCUGGGCACCGCGGCGGCCUUGGCCAUGGGGGGGCCCAAACAG